GACGGCGUGGCAGCCCUGCCCCCUUUUCUAGGCCAGCGGAAGGAGUGGCGUGUGUGGUGCUGGGAUGGAGAAGCUGCGAGCGGCUCUGCUUGUAUUCCUGGGAGUCGUUUCUACUCUGAUGGCUGGGGGUUCAGUCCUCUAUAUGGGAGUUUUCUACACUGGUGCGUAUGAUGGUGCCAGCAUUCAUCUGAAGCUGCCUCACCAUCUUCCAGCUCUUUUCGUUGGCUCCUACCCUGUAGUCAACAAUCUACUGCUCCUGGCCGUCUUCUUCGGGACUCACAGUUUGCUAGCAAGAGGUUGGAUGAAAAAGGUCUUCUCUCCAGUCCUAUCUGAGUCUCUCUACCGCCAGGUGUAUUUCCUGGUCAGCUCUGUGACUCUGUUCCUGGCUGCAUACGGAUGGUCACCACUGCCACAUGGAGUGUGGCACGUACAGAGUCCAGGACUCAGACUAUCAUUCUAUUGUAAGCUGUAGAGAUUGGGACAUCCUCUAACCCUGAGUGGGGAGGAUUUGGUAUUUAUAAAGUUCCCUACUACUUAAAUUUACUGGAUGGGAGAAGUUCGUACAUUUUAGCUACUAUGUAGUAUAGUGGCAUUUUGCAUAGCUAGGCUGUAAAAUUAUUAUACAUACCUUUGUCCACCACUAGAGAUAACACAGGCAUUUCCUGGGCAACUAUCCAGUGAUAUUUAAAGUGGCUUAAUACCUGAAAAAAUGCAUUACGUUCUUGAGUAACAAUGUAUACAUGUACAGUGCAUAACUUGGUAUCUUUUAGUGUAGGCUAUUCAAUCAUUAGGUCUCCAAGUGUGUGGUGCAGCUGUCAUUGUCGUGUCCUUUUUCUCCUUAAAACCUCUCGAGUUUUGUGGUUUACAAAAGCAGAUCAACCUGCUUUUAGGUACUAGCUGCAGUGGUGAGGGUGGGACUGGAGAUGGUCAGCUGACAGUGAGUGGUGUGUAUGGCUGGGCACGUCACCCCAUGUACACUGGAGUCCUAAUCUUCCUCUGGAGCCAGCCAACUAUGACCCAGGGUCAAAUACUGCUAGCCACAGCUACGAC